AUGGCUAAUUCACAUUCCUCCUCACAGACUUCCACCAACUACAAAGAAGCCUUCUCUCUGUACGACAAGCGUGGCAAUGGCCGCGUCGCUCUCGAGUCACUGGGCGAUCUCCUUCGAGCCUGUGGACAAAACCCGACGCUCGCAGAAAUCAGGGACUUGGAAAAGCAAGUGGGCAGUGACUUCGACUUUGACGCCUUCAGCAAAGUACUCAACAGACCUGGCGGUUUCAGAGAGCCUGGUGAGCCAGAAGAAUACUGUCGCGGCUUCCAGGUAUUCGAUAAAGACAUGACUGGGUUCAUCGGUGUGGGCCAACUAAGAUACAUCUUGACGAACUUGGGCGAAAAGAUGAGCGACGACGAGGUCGACGAGUUAUUGAAGGCCGUCGACACCAGCAGCGGAGAGAUCAACUACAUGGAACUUGUCCGGACGAUUCUUGCAAACUGA